AUGUUCCUCUUCCUUGGCAAGAACCUCUACUAUUGUGAGGAGGUUCCUGGUGCUGAGAAGUACUUCAUCCGGUCUUUGGAGCGCUACCUGCGCUCGCCCCUGCGCUUGACCCCGGAGCCCUUCUGCUUCAUCCAGGAGGGGAUGAAUUUCCUUCGGAGGGCGCAGGUGAUGUACCACCAGCGACCUGAUGCAGUGCGAGAAAGCUGCGAAGAACGCUGCGAAAACAACUACACCAUGACCAUGUUCUUCCUGGCACAGGCGUACGGCGCCCUGCAGAAGCCGAACCUGUCGGCUCGCUUUUGCUGCGAAACCAUGAGCCGCCAGCUGGAGUCGAACACCUCUGGGCAGCGCAGCCCGGAGAUCAAGGAGCGCGAUCCCUUCGAUCCCAAAGACUGGAUCAGGAAUUGCUGCGCCAUGUCGGACUUCUUUGUGAAUGAGGGCAUGUUCUGGACGGCAGAAUACUUGCUGCACUCUGGCUUGGUGAUGUGUGAGCGAAGCCAAGAGAUGGCUGGAAUGGAGCCGGAGAACCUUGCGGAGCUCCGGGCCGAGUGUUUGCGGGACAUUGGAAACAUGUAUGCGACGCGCCUCAAGUUCGCGCGCGCCUGCAGCGAAUGUCCCGAUGCUUGGGAGGAGGUCUGGCGGGGGGAACGCAAGAAGGCCGAGGCCGACGCGGCUUCUUCCGUGCCGGACGAGGGCACCCGGCUCUGCUUCCGCGUGGCGGCGGACCGCGAGGAACGGCCGCCCGAAGGCGGUGAGGGGCCCAUCCUUUGGGACAAAGUCUUCCCAGAGGUGGUCUACCUUGAAGAUGAUGAAGCUCAAGACAAUCAGUUGGCCGAGGAACAUGAGGCCACGGAUGAGCUCAAAGACUACGAGGAGGACGUUCUUUCGGUGGAGUUCUUUGUGCUUUUUGUUCUUUCUAAGCACCCAGAUGUUGAAUUGUAAAGGUUUGCCCACAUUGGGCACGAUGUUUGUCGGACCAAAAAAAUGGUAGACACCGGUGCUUUGCAGUUGGCAGCAUUUUCGGUGCCUAGCUGCGCACGGGUACCAUGGCAUGUUUUUGCUCUUCGCGUGCUGUUUGAUGCCACACCGGUGCUUUGCCUGUACCAGGAGAGACUGCUGGU